GAGAGGUGACGGAGGCGUAGGGAUCCGACCGGCGGAGAUUUGAAAGCCGCCGGAGGCUGCGACGCGCUCGCAGUGCAGGACGCUUGCUUUCGAGUCGCGGGUGACAGCGGACCGACUCCGGGCGACACACCGCGGGUGACUCGGAGAUGGGACGCGCACGUUUGUCGUUGGCAGCGCCGCACAUCGCCACGGAGCCAGCUUCACGUUACCUCGCUGUCGAUGACCUGCAGCCCGCUGCUCGGACCGUCUGAGUUGAACGGCUAAAGGGAGCUGACCUGCCCUGACUGACAGCCCUGAUAUUUCCAUCUGGACCUGGUGGUAUGAGAGGCUCCGGGAGACGGUGAUGGAGCUCCGGGAGUUGGGCUGGCUGUGUCUGGUGGCUCUCUUCCUGGCCUCCUUGCUCAUCGUGCUGGGAUGGCUGCUUCAGUACUCGCUGACCCUGCUGCGGCUGCGGAGAGCCAGGAGGACGGCCGAGCGGGACGAGGGAGACCCAGCCUGGCUGCAGCUCUCCCUGAUGCAGCCCCACCAGAGCUGGGCAGGGAGCGUGUGGAGAUUCCUGCUGAAGCUCCGCCCGGGCUGGGAUGGAGGAUCUGAGGCUGGGGUCAAAGGCUUGCUGACCUCCCUGUUCUCCUUCAAGUCCUUCAGGGAGCACUGGCAGAGAGCCUGGGUCAAAGCUCUGAACGAGCAAGCCUGCAGGCAUGGGAGCUCCAUCCAGAUCACUUUUGACAGCAGUCUCCAGCUGGACGCCGCCUCUGCCAUAGAUAGCGUGACCUGCGCUGACCAAUCGGCACACCGAAUGGUUCUGCACUGUAAAUGUUGGGUGGACACGGUGACUUUUCCUGUGACAGUCACCCAGCAGUCACCCGCUGCCGUUUCCAUGGACACCUAUCAGAUCACUAUAGCACCUACGGUGACAAAGGUGGUGGUGUGUCUGGAGGAGGUGGAGGACGAGGGGCUGCUGAUGUCCUGGACUCUUUCCAAGCAGCCAUCAUUCGCUCUGACCGUGUCUCCCUGCAAGAGACAGGGCACUGAGGGCGAGGCAGACCUGGACAUGAUCAAAGGACUGAUAGAGGAUACUCUGUUCAGCACUCAGCCAGCCAUGGUCCUCAACCUCAAGACUUGUGUGUCCAGUCCUUUGGCCUCCAUGGACCAUCUAUCGGUGGGACUGAACCCCAUCCCCCAGAGCAUCUUGGUGAGACGACUACUGCUCCGGCAGCUCAGGGCGACCUUAAGUAAAGGUCAGUGGUCUAGAUCAGGGGAGCUGUGCUGUGUCCUGAGCCUGGACCAACCCUCCACAGAGAGGACAACCCGCUUCCUGUCUGUGCCCAGCAACGCCAACGCCCCACUGGAAUGGAGUGAAGAAAUUACUCUGGAGCUGGGCCUGGAAACCAAAGAGCUGAGAGUAAGACUCCUGGAGCGGAACGGGAAAAGGGAACAAUUCCUGCCCGGCCACGCCUCCAUCAUCCUGGACCCCCGGUGCAAAGUUCCUACUGGACAACACGUACUGUCAAUAAGCCCCGGCCACGGCUUGGCACCAAAUGCUACCAUUACAGCAGAGCUGCUGUAUUUGGAAACAGAGGAGCCUCGCAGCGCCCACAAUGCUUUGCCACUUCGCUCCUCACUCACACCCACCAAGAAAGUUGAUGUGGACCGAACCAUCAUGCCGGAUGGAACCAUCGUCACCACUGUCACAACCGUCCAGUCUCGACUCAAACUGGAACGCAGUCCAGGUGAAUCUCCUUUGCGUUCGCCGUCCAAAGUGGAGGUGACUGAGAAGAAACCCACCGUCCUGUCAGAUGGCAGAGGCAGUCCCAACUCCAGCAAGAGCAGCCGCCUCUCCAACGGCCUGGAUCCUGUUGCAGAGACGGCCAUUCGGCAGCUGACGGAGUCCGCCUCCAAAGUAGCUCGGAAGACACCGACAAAGAGGAGCACGCUGAUCAUCUCGGGCGUGUCGAAGGUCCCGCUCUCAGAGGAUGACUGUGUGUUAUCGAGCGGCUACGCUGCAGCCAUGGACGCAGCCAUGCAUGGCAACCAUUACGGCUCAGGGCAUCAACAGGACCCGGAUGAAACCACACCCUCCGAUGUGUCGGAGCGUCCAUCUGUGGACGAUGUGGAAUCAGAUACUGGUUCCACUGGUGCCUUGGAAACCCGCAGCCUCAAGGACCAUAAAGUGGGCUUUCUACAGAGUGGGUCGAAGCUGUUGUUCCGCAGAAGGCAUCGAGAGAAGGAGUCCUGCCUCAGCCAAUCCCACGAAGACAUCUCCAACAUGGGCAAUAACUUCGCCGCUGCCGCUGCUAGCAGCCGUAAGAAGUCUGGCAGCUUCUCCCGCCGUCUCAUCAAGCGCUUCUCUUUCCGCUCGUCAGGCAAAUCAAAAGGUAAAGCCGCCGCUACCAACGGAGGAGCGAGCUCACUGGAUAACUGAUCACCACUGUUAGGGUUGGACAUGGGCCAUCCUGACUUUGACAGGAUUGUUCUAACGUCUCAGUUAUUAUUUUCAGAAGAACAACUAAACCUUGCAAGAGUCCAGUCUUUGACAGGCUGAACACCCCAGGCGGGCUGUCACCUGUACAACUUCAUAGGAGGAUACCUCUGGGAGGGCUUUUUCCUCUGGAGAGAAAAAACAGCACCUUCAGGACAGAAGUCAUGUUUCAUCAUGUCACUGAUGUUAAAAUGUGAUUAUGAAGUCUGUUUCUCAUCUUAUUAUGAAGGAGAAAUGUGCUGCUGGGUGAGAAGAAGGUAAUAGUUAAAAUGAAAUGUCUUGUGCCCUGUUUGAACACACACUAUAAGUGGAGUGUUUGAUUGUGACUGAUGGUGGAAAUGCUCUGAAACUAUUUAUUAUUGAUAGAAAUUGCCAGUAUGAUGCUAUUGGUUGCACUUUGGACUUGAAAGUUUUUUAAAUAUUCUGGGUUGUAUAAAGGUAAUUUAUAAUUAUGUGGUUCUCAUGAAACAAGUGCUAUUUACCCCCCCCCCCCCAAAAAAAAAAAAAAAAGCAUUCAUCAUAGUUUCAUCACCUUGUAAAAUAGAGACAUGCUGUGUGUUCUCCCAUGCAAAUGUAAUUUUAAGCACAUAGUUUAAGUAAGUUAAUACAAAUCAGUCUUAAACUAGCUGUAAAGUCCAUUCAUAAUUGCUUAUACAUUGGUUUUAGAAUGUUGUUCAAUGUCGUAUCUUGUAUAAGACGCAGUAAAUAUAACAUAUUUAUUGUACUUUUGUUUUAUAAAGGUACUUUCUGUGGAAUAUCAUGAUGUAUUUCAGUUUGCUUUUGGAACCUCAACCAGCCAGGAUCUCAAGCAGGCUUUUCAAGCUGGACAAUGAGCUUAAACUUUUUUUAAUUCUGACAUUUUUCUGUCAAUUAAAAAAACAAAACAAAAAAAACCCAAAAUCCCAAAACCUCUCAGUUUCUGCUCUCCUCUUGCCUCUGUUGACAAAAACACAUUUUCGAGACCUCAUUUGAUGCUUAUAUGGACUUGUCAUGAUUGCAAUAACUUUCAUUACUGUGCAACAAGACUGCAUAUAUUGUGCGAAAUGCCUCACUUGGGUUGCAGGCGAAAUCAUUUGCUGGAAAUGCUGUGAUCAGCUCAUAAUCAUAAGCUAAACAUAGCAAAACCUAUAUAUGAGUCUCACAUGAAUAUCAACAGUUCUGUAGUUUAGAUUGGAAAAUAAAUGGAACUUGGAGGUCUCAAGAAGUGUUCAGAGAUGCUCUGAUGAGGCAUUGCGAGCAACAGGAUCGUCUAAGUUAUGACGAGGUGAUGGGUAAAGAGGAUACACUCAGGGCUGGAAGUGAAUAUGAGUGAAACCUGCUGCGUCCUUCAAAGGCAAACAGCACCAGUAUGUAAAAAUGUACAUACAUUUCUGGACAUUUGUGUUUUGUCAGAGAAAAUGAAAUAUCUUUUAACUGAUUGCAUUAAUUACGGGACUUCAGAACAACCAAAUUAAAUGAUUUGGAUUGAAUUUUCAGGUUUGUUCGCAUCAAUAAAAGGAUAGCUAUUAAAAUGGACGACAGAAGUGGAGCCACCGCUAUCAAAAGAACUCUGAUGGACACAUACAUGUGCCUCACAAAACUAUAACCAAGUCAAAAUGCUGAAGAAAUGAACAAAGCUACUUCAUUGUCUAAAGGCACAUUAUAUAUAAUAUAUAUGGCUGGAAUGUGAAACAGAAAGCAGCUGCAAAAUUUAAGAUAUGUAUGAUUUCUGUUAUAUUUGAAAUGUUUAACUUAUUGCAAAUAAAUUAUUUUUGAAGCAUCA